AUUGUUACCAAAGAGAUUAUACCACAAUCGUCUCAUCUUUCGCAAUGUCCUCAAUCAUCAGUCAGUUUACAACGGUUGAAUUCAUCAUCAACUAUUAAUUGCCCACCUCCAUCUUGUGUCAAAUCAUCGUCUUUAGAUCGUACUGUUGCAGCCUCCAAGACUGCUAUCAAUAUUGUUGGAAAUCAUAGUAAAACGCUUGGCUCCUCCUCCUCUUGCUCUCCAAGUCAAACAAUAAUGACAUCUAAAAGCACAGAGAACAAUGAAAUCCAAACAAACCAGUUAUGCAAUUCUACAACAGCAUCGUUAAGUCCACUAGAUAGUGGAUUGUAUAUGUCUGUUCCAAAUGUUGUCAGUAAUCAUAGUAAUGAUGAUGACGAUGACGCAGGUGGAGACAUCGACGAUGAUUACCCUGGCGUUGAAGACAAUAACAUUACCAAUAAUAGUAAUAUCGAUGUUGUACAGUCAUCAGACAAUUCUUAUCAUCUACCUCGUUGUCCAUUUUAUCACUCCUACAUAUCUGCUAGCGAUCAAACAUUAGCAAUGCAAAGAUUUUUAGUGCCUCGAUUAAUACCUGAAUGGGAUUUUGUUGAUGGCCUGUUAAGAAUAGCUCAUCGAUUGGUGCCAAUCAGUCCUAAAGAACAAAGAA